AUGAAGGACAUUCAAUUAACGAAGCCUGAAGCUGCAAGCAUACCUCGCUUGAACCAAGAAGGUGCUCCUAAGGUGCCAAGAUGUGCUAAUCCUUUGCUAGCGCCUUUCCUCAAUGCCUUAGGCACACCUUUUGAUGCCUUUGACUGCAAUGCUCAAAUAGUUCUUUGUUCCAAGUUUAAUUUUUCUGAAAUUGAAGGAAUGCCUCGAAAGCCACGAUUUAGUAUGAGGCCUCUAUCUACACCGGGCAAUAUCCCUAGUGUUUCUAUAGGGACUAAUUCUGAAGGUGGAGGACCACAUAGUGCUCCUAUUUUGACCCCAGGUCCAUCUAAUUUAGGCAAUGGGAUACAACAUUCUAUUGGUGAGGAUGUUGACAAUAUGCAACCAACAUGUCCUUCUCCAAUGCAAGAUGCUGGACCAUCCCAACCACAAGAACCUGCCAAUGAACACCAACCAACAGCUGCUAAGAAAAAAAACCCAACCUACUGGAUAGUGAAUGUCAUAGAUGAUCAAGGAGUAACACGGGAGCGGCGAGUGCGAGUUCAGGAUGUAUAUGUCCUUCCUGACAACCAUAGAGUUGUCAUGGAGUGGAAUGAGAUAGGCCAACCAAUUGGCAACUCUGGUGGCCUGUAUGGUUUUUUUUCAGGUGCAAUUGCAGCUGAUUGUAAAAAUUUCCCAAUCAAUUAUAAAAAAUGGCCCCUGGUUCCAGAUUAUCACAAGAAUAUUGUUUGGGAGAAAAUCCUCAAAGUUAAGUUUGAUGUCAGCGCUGAUGAGCAUAGAAAAUGGAUCAUGAUGGAUAUUGGGAAAAAAUGGAAAGACAACCGAGCAAGGUUGUGGAGCAUGUUUAGAAAGAGUGGCAUGACCUUUGAACAAGGUGUUGAGCAUUUUCCAAGUGGUAUUCCAAGAGAUCAAUGGAAAAUUGCUGAAAAAAAUAUUGCAAAUAGGGCUAAACAAUCUAUCCCACAUACUUUAGGUACAAAAUCAAUCACUAGAAAGAGAGCUGAGAUGGAAAUCACAUUAGGUCACCCUAUAUCAAGAGCUGAAAUGUAUGCUGAAUCCCAUAAAAAGAAGGAUGGCACAUUCACUAACAAAGAGGAUCUAUUAUUAGCUGGUCAAAAUGAUGGAAAUAUGACUCACGAAGAAGCAUAUAUUCAUGUUUUUGGGAAGGAGCACCUAGGACGUGUACGGGGAAUGGGAUUUGGUGUCUGUCCUUCCCAAAUUCUUAGUUCUAGUUCUAUGGGUUCCAGCUCAACAGCCACACAAAAUGAAAUUAAGGAGUUGAAAAAACAAAUUGAAACAUUGCAGGAAACAGUCGCAAACUUGGUCCGAAGCUUUGGAGGUCGAAUGUCGUCUAAUCUUGCACCCAAUGGACCUCAUCAGACUCCAGAUUUGGAAUCCCCCAUCGGUGUCAGAAGGUCUUCAUCAGCCAGCUAUGAUCCAAAUAAUUGCAGACCAACCACACAAGAACGACAAAAUGAAGGAUUAGAAACAACCUCUUGA